UAGUGUGAACCCGCGAUGUGUUGGCCCUCCCCUCUGGCGGUGGCACCCCGGGGCCAGGCUGUGUGUGCCGCCUCCCCUCAGUUGGUCCACAGGCGUGCUUGGGGCAGCACGCGCUCGCUCCUCAGGACACUCUUUAACGAGGCGUGUGUAGGCGGAGCCUCGUGUGUGUGUGUGGUGGAUCCUCACUCAGUGCUUUCCACGGAUAAUGUGUGUAGCUUGCUCCUAAGGUCAGAGCGAGUUGGAACUUGGAAGUGCUAGGUUUAACUUGGAGUCUGUGUGAUUUAGACUCGGCCUAUAACUAACGCUAGGUUUGUGAUGCUCAAUUAUCUGGUGGACAUAACCGCGCAGAAAAACAACAUGAAACUACCAGUACUUGUGUUGUUAGUCAUAUUCCGUCGACAAGAUGUAAUCACCAGUGGUAUGGUGAUGUAACGUUUGUCAACACCCAACUGUGAUGAUGCUUGUUAGUUGCAUGACCAGUUCGUGGUGUGUUAAUUACAUGCAAGGAUUAUCGCGUACCAAACUAAAAAACAUGUUAUGAUCAUCACUGAGAUUUUUAAAAAGUAGUUAGAAUGUUUUUACGUGUGUAAAGUGAAGGCAACGGAACAGUGGUGACCUGUUGGGCUGAGAAACUACGACAAAUGGUGCACCUUACCGGCUGGAGGUUUGGUGCUGUCAAUUUCAAGGCGCCGACGUGGCGACUAUGGGGCGAGGAAAAAUGCGAAGGUGCCAUCUACACAGUGUACCUGAAGAAGGUCCGUUAUCACCACCCAUCAAGGAGCAUUACGCAGGAGUCUGAUGAUGACGAAAUCUCCCACCUGGAGUGGGAAACAGUUAGAGUGCGGUUCCUGAAAGCUGGCACUCUUGAAAAAUUGAUAGAAUCUUUGGCAUCAGAUUCUGGGGAAUUAGAAUCCACCUUUGUUAACGUGUUCCUUGCUACAUAUCGCACCUUCUCCUCAACGAGACAAGUCUUAAACCUCAUCCUUGAUCGCUACCUCGCCCUCAAUUCCAGUAAUAAUAAGAUUAAUGUUCCAUCACAUCUUCGAGAGGACCACAAAAAGGCUCUGAGAUUAACACUCCAAGUAUGGCUGGACGCUUAUCCCGAGGACUUCAGGGACCCCCCAACAUUUGCAUGCCUACACCAGCUAUGGGAAUUCACCAAAACUCAUCUUCCAGACUCAGAUUUAAACAUCAAAGUUGGCUACAAACUGGAGAAAAUGAAGAGAGAGGAAGACAUAAAAAGCUCACCUAUGUUAGAAAGAAUUUUGUCUUGUGAGGAGAUGCGCAUACACUGCUCUUCACCGAUGAGUAAUGGAAACCAUCAACCAUACGAGUUCCUUGACAUACCAGAAUCUACCUUUGCUCAGCAGCUAACUCGAAUGGACACUGUUCUUUUUAAGGGUGUGAUUGCUCAUCAGUGCUUAGGCUCUGUUUGGUCUCGAAGAGAUCGCGGUCGUGGAGACACAGCAGCAAGUGUUACAGCUACAGUUGAGCAGUUUAAUGCUGUCAGCUUCCGUGUUCAGUCUACUAUCCUUGUUGAUACUGAACUUAAGCCUUCGCAGCGUGCCAGGCUUAUUGUCAAGUGGAUAGACAUUGCACAGGAGUUAAGAAUGCACAAGAACUUUUCUUCUUUGAAAGCCAUUAUCUCAGGUCUGCAGUCAAAUCCAAUUUAUAGACUGAAAAAAACUUGGGGUGCUGUCAUAAAAGAUAAGGCGGAACUGUAUGAAGAAUUGGCAAGGAUCUUCAGUGAAGAAAACAACCAGUUAAAUCAGCGAGAGUUACUCAUGAAGGAAGGAACUGCGAAACAUGCUCAGACUGCUCAUGCAAAUGACAGACAUCUUCCUAAAGCUCUUGAGAAGUUGGCAAUAAAUCCAUUGGCAACCAGUUAUGGAACAAUUCCUUAUCUUGGCACAUUUUUAACUGAUCUCACCAUGAUUGAUACAGCCAUCCCUGACACGGUUACAAAUGGCCUAAUCAACUUCGACAAAAAACGCAAGGAGUUUGAAGUUCUGGCACAGAUUAGAUUGCUCCAAGGUGCAGCUAAUGCAUAUCAAAUGGAAAGAGAUGAAAUGUUUGAAAGAUGGUGGGACUCUGUGCUUGUAUUAGAUGAUAAGGAGGCAUGGAGGCUAUCAUGUCAGAUUGAACCACAGGGAUCUUCAGCUCCAUCAUCUACCAGAGAGGGACGCAUAAGGAAAAGAGCACAAUUUGGUCAUAGAAAAAAUGACAGUAUUGCAAGCACCUCAAGUGGAUCGUCCAGUAGUCAGUUUUUCUUUGACAAUGACUCGCUGAACACUCACACCAGUCACAAUGAUACAUGCUCUCUAGAAAGAAAGAUGUCAACAUCCUCCAGUAGCUCAUCGCUACCAUCACUAGAUGUGUCUGUGCACUCGGGUGGUACAUCUGCAUCAGGUCGUACCCCUGAGCGUUCUUCAAGCUCUCAACAGCAGCAAAUUCUUCAACAGCAGACAACACCUUCUCCAUACAUCACUCCUGAUUUCUACAUCAUCAGAGUGUCAAUUGAAAGCAGUGCACAUGAAAUUGAAGGUGUAAACCUCUACAAGAGUAUCAUGCUAAGCAAUUCAGAAAGGACUGUGUCGGUCAUUCGAAAAGCCAUGGAGAAACAUGGAUUUGAGGGAAACCCUGAAGACUACACAUUGGCACAGUUCCUUCCUGAUGGUGAGAUGCUAUUACCUGCAUCUGCAAAUGUGUAUUACGCAAUUAACACUCAACAUGACCUUAAUUUUGUGUUGAGGAGAAGACGACAUGGUGAUGAAAACACAAUCAUAAGAAGAAAUCCAAAUAAGGACCAUAAAGUUCGCAAAAAACUCCUGGUUACAUAGCUCUAAAGCUAGGAACAUAUACCUGUGGCAACUCGAUGCAUCUCGCCCUCUGCAGCGAGAAGUAUCCAUUUCAGAAUACUGUGGAACCAAUAGACACCAAAGGAAGUGUGAAAGCCAUUUUCAGUGCAGUGUACCAAAAAUAAUGGAAGAAAGUUAUGGCCCAUGAUAUUAAGACUUUGAGACUGACGUUCUAAUUAUACAAUAUGCUAUUUGAGGCUAUUGGCAUUUGAAAUACAUAUUGCUGUGGUAUUCAAUUUGGAAAAUACACUGAAAAAACUAAUGUUCUCCAGUAAUAUCUGGGUUGCAUAACUUAAACUUGGCUCUCAUUUCAUUAGUGCUGUGAAACCAUUUCUUCAGUGUUGUCUAUAUCUGUAUAAAAUGUUUCAUUAAGGAUAUAUGAUCUGAAGUGAUAUUUAUGUUCUGAUUUAAAGUACUUUUGAAUGAGUGUGUUAUGAAAGUUAUUCACUUAAUUUUGUAAAUUGUGUAUGUAUGUGGGGCACGAGUGUAUUGGAUGGAUAAUACUCAAGAUUUAAUUGUCAUUAAUAAGCUUUAACUUAGAACUUCCUGAUGUGAAUGAGAACACGACUGUGCAAAUGAGACUGAAUAGGCACACAAUUUCAAAAAAUUAUUUAUUUUUCUUAUUGAGCACCCUUGGCACCAUAUAUAUACCAUACAGUAAUAAUCUCAUGGGGAAUUAUCUUGUUUUGAGUUAGUGCCAGAAGCUAAUUCAUUGCAGACCUGUGUGAUUAAUCUAAUUAUACAUUUCCCAUUAUCUUGUGGAACAGAUAGAAAAUGGGAUUAUUGUGCACACAUUGAUAACAUUCAGCUUAGCUGGUCUUCAAAAGAAUUCUCUCCAAUUACUCAAUCUUAAAAUUCUAGGUUACUAUUGCACUACUAACAUGUCCAUAAAUAUUGCUUUAUUUUUCGAGUUACAAAAUGUUCAAACGAUUUUGUAAAUUAUCUACUUCCCCCAAAUUUAUAAUUUUAGUAGUUUGUAUUCUCCCUAUAUUUAAAAUUAUAUACAGCACGUGGAGUUGUUGGAGAGUUAAAAUUUUAUUCUUCCGAACUGUAAAUAUUGUGUAGGUUAUUUUGUAUACAUGUAAAAACAUUCUAUUGUUACCUUUGUAAAUAAAGUCUAUUGUUUCUAAACAUUUUUGUGACA